AGUCAUUUUGUACUCAUUUGUGAAAACGUAUGUCAAUGACAGUUUUGUUGAACAUCACGUUAUCAUUAUUUUUUUUUUAAUAAUGUUCUUCAACAGAUCUUCAAUAAGAAAUAAGUUAGUCACAAAUUAAUUCGUCUGUAACUAUCUGUGCUCUGUUGUGAAGUGUAAAUAAUAAUAAUAAUUUUAUAUUAAUACGAGUCCAACAAAUUUUUGUCUUUGUUUUGGGUAUUGUUGAAGAAUAAUAAAUAUAUAUUUACUAUACUUAAAGCAACUGAAUCAAAAUGUGGAAGACGCAAGCAGUGCACAUUAGAACUUAUAAUAAAGAAAAUAACACGGAUAAGAACAACGAAAAAAUAACAACUCUUGGAAUGACUUCAGCGAUAUCAACUGCUUAUCCUAAACCAGCAGAUUUAAUCAAAACUGAAGAACUUAUAGAAGCUUUAAAACCUUUUGAUGUAUUCGAAAGUAAACAAGAAUUGAAUAAAAGGAUGCAUAUCCUAGGAAAACUAUAUAUCUUAGUUAAAAGGUGGAUUAAAGAAGUAUCUCUUAAAAAUAAUAUGCCUGAAAUUGUUGCAGAGAAUGUAGGAGGAAAAGUUUAUACAUUUGGAAGUUAUAGAUUGGGAGUACACAGCAAAGGAACUGAUAUAGAUGCACUUUGUGUAGCACCUAGACAUAUUUAUCGAUCAGAUUUCUUCACUUCUUUCUAUCAAUUAUUGAAAGAACAACCAGAAGUUACAGAUCUCAGGGCAGUAGAAGAAGCUUACGUACCUGUAAUAAAGAUGAAUUUUGAUGGCAUAGAAAUUGAUAUGCUUUUCGCGCAAUUAUUACUAAAAGAAAUACCUGACUCUAUGGAUUUGAAAGAUGAUAUGUUGUUAAAACAUUUGGAUGCUAAGUGUGUUAGAAGUUUGAACGGUUGUAGAGUCACCGAUGAAAUUUUAAGUCUGGUACCUAAUAUUGAAAAUUUUAGACUGACUUUGAGAGCAAUCAAACUUUGGGCUAAACGUCAUGGAAUAUACAGUAAUGCAUUAGGAUACCUCGGAGGUGUAUCAUGGGCAAUGUUAGUUGCUAGAACUUGUCAGUUGUAUCCAAAUGCAGCUCCUUCGACUUUAGUGCAUAAAUUUUUUCUAAUUUUUUCCAAAUGGAAGUGGCCACAACCUGUCUUGCUUAAACAACCCUCAAAUGUGAACCUAGGAUUUGUUGUGUGGGAUCCAAGGAUAAAUAUUCAAGAUAGGUACCACUUGAUGCCCAUCAUAACGCCUGCUUAUCCACAACAAAAUUCAACUUUUAACGUCUCUCAAUCUACAAGACAUAUUAUGGUAAACGAAUUCAAACAAGGUCUCACUAUUACGGAAGAAAUUAUGUUAGGAAAAGCAAAUUGGGAUAAAUUAUUCGAACAACCACCAUUUUUCACUAAAUACAAACAUUUUCUUGUUUUGUUAGUCAAGGCGAAUAAUGCAGAUGACCAUUUGGAAUGGUGUGGGUUAGUUGAGAGCAAGGCAAGAUUACUUGUUGGUAAUUUAGAAAGGAACCCUUUCAUAAUGUUGGCUCACAUAAAUCCUCAAAGUUAUUCCAUGAUUGAACCGGAACCAAACACAGUAGGUUCCAUGUGGUUCAUUGGACUCGAAUUUUCCAAAGCGGAAAACCUUCAAGUAGAUUUAACUAGAGACAUAUUUUGGUUUACAGAACAAGUCAGCAAUCACGCAGCGGCAAUAAAUAUGUGGAAAGAAGGGUUGAGAUUGGACGCCCGGCACGUUAAAAGGAAACAAUUAUCUCAAUAUCUUUCACCUUCUUUAUUGAAAAAAGAAAGGAAAAACAGUAUAACGAAGAAUGGUACAACGCCAGAAAUUAAUAGAAAGAGGACGUCAUCUGAAGCGGUACCAGAAAAUAAAAAUUCGAAUCCGAAUAAGAAAACGAGGUUAUCGGAUGAAAUGAGACCCCAACAGUUUGACGAUAGUUCCAAGGAGUCAAUAAACAUAGAUUCUAGCAGUAAUUUAAGUUUAGCGGAUUCAGAUAUUAAUGUAAGCAGUGCGAAAUCUCCCUCUACUACCCCAAUCCACGUGUCUUCAACUACCACAACACCCGCAAACGUAUCAGAAGCCGUGUGUACGUGACUGGUUUUUUUGAAUUGAAAUUCGUGGUAAGUUAUUUGGGGAUGAUUAUUAAUUCGACCCCCGUAUUUAACCAGCUAUAUUUUGAGGUAAUUUUUUUCCAGUGUCGUUCUAGGUUGUCUUCGCAAAAGAACCUGUUCGUGAUGUUCACGUACGUAUUACAAAAAAAUCCAAACGAAACCAAAAAAUAAAAAACCGGAAACUAACUUGGUGGUAAAAUAUUAUCGCAAAUGGUGCAAUUACUUAUUUUUUUUUUUUUUGAGGAUUCCUCUUCAGGUGUUGUUUAAAUUGUGAAUGUGCGUGAACGUGUCCUCCACAUACUUUUUCCAUGUAAAUAAUUUAUGUAUAAAAAAGGAUCAGUGUGGCUUGUUUGAUUAAUUUUUUUUAAAUUGUGUAUUUUUUUAGAAAAAAAUAUUUAUUUUUGUAUUUUUUAAUGUUUCAAAGAGGUUGGAAUGGUCUUUAGGAAAGUAGAAUAUACGAGGCGCAAUUUACAAACACUUUUAUUGAA